UCUCUUUGGCACGAGGUAGGUCAGGCGUCGAGACGGCUGGGCCCCGGUGCCGGCGGCUUAUCGAUCCUCCGGGGUACACACACAAAACGGUUCCGCGAGCGCCGCGUCGCUACUUUUCCUGCUUCAAAUCGGAUUUCCCGGCUCGUUUUUCGCGAACACUCAUUUUUUACGCAUUCGAUGAUUAUUUUUAGGUUUUGAGUGGUCCUUGUAGGAGGUGGGUGUAGGACGCCGAAAUUUUUUAACAUAACUCAUGUGAACAUUUUUCGAUAGCCAGCUUUGCUGGUAAAUUUUAAACAAUGACAACGGACAUCAGUAUAGUGAGGUGGGACCCCACCUUGCAACAAGAAAUUGUCGAAGAUUACGAAUACGACGGGGGUAACUCAUCGUCUAGGCUUUUCGAACGGUCUCGAAUCAAGGCUUUAGCAGACGAAAGAGAAAGCGUCCAAAAGAAAACGUUCCAAAAAUGGGUGAACUCACACUUGGUCCGAGUGAACGCCCGUAUCUCCGACCUUUACAUCGACAUGAGAGACGGCAAGAACUUAAUAAAACUCCUAGAAGUACUGUCAGGAGAACGACUGCCUCGCCCUACGAAAGGAAAAAUGCGUAUCCACUGCCUAGAGAACGUAGACAAAGCGUUACAAUUCCUAAGAGAACAGCGCGUUCAUUUAGAAAAUAUGGGAUCCCACGACAUAGUAGACGGGAAUCCCCGCCUCUCCUUGGGUCUGAUAUGGACCAUCAUCCUUCGCUUCCAAAUUCAAGACAUCACAAUAGAAGAAACUGAUAAUCAAGAAACUAAGUCUGCUAAGGACGCACUUCUGUUGUGGUGUCAAAUGAAGACUGCAGGUUAUAAUAAUGUUAACGUUAGAAACUUCACAACAUCUUGGCGUGACGGUCUUGCUUUCAACGCUCUUAUUCACAAGCAUCGUCCAGAUCUUAUUCAAUUCGAAAAGUUGUCCAAAUCUAACCCCAUCCACAAUCUCAAUAAUGCUUUUAACGUAGCCGAAGACAAACUAGGCCUCACCAAAUUAUUAGACGCUGAAGACGUUUUUGUAGAACAACCAGACGAAAAAUCCAUCAUCACUUAUGUAGUUACUUACUAUCACUACUUCAGCAAGAUGAAGCAAGAAACCGUUCAAGGAAAACGUAUCGGUAAAGUAGUAGGUAUAGCUAUGGAGAACGAACGAAUGAUCAAAGAAUACGAAUCCUUAACCAGCGAUCUGCUUGCAUGGAUCGAAGCAACAAUAGUAGCUCUAGGUGAUAGAAAUUUCGCUAAUAGUUUAGCUGGCGUUCAAGCUCAACUAGGCCAAUUCAAUAACUACCGUAUUGUAGAGAAACCACCAAAGUUCGUCGAGAAAGGUAACUUAGAAAUUCUGCUCUUCACACUCCAAUCAAAAAUGAGAGCUAACAAUCAACGACCUUACACUCCUAAGGAAGGUAAGAUGAUAUCAGAUAUCAACAGAGCUUGGGAAAGACUAGAAAAAUCCGAACACGAAAGAGAGCUGGCGUUGAGAGAAGAACUUAUCCGCCAAGAAAAACUUGAACAACUAGCUGCCAGAUUUAACCGAAAGGCAAGCAUGAGAGAAACUUGGUUAAGCGAAAACCAAAGGUUGGUGUCUCAAGAUAACUUCGGCCAAGAAUUGGCAGCCGUCGAAGCUGCAGCCAAGAAACACGAAGCUAUUGAAACCGACAUAUUUGCAUACGAAGAAAGAGUACAAGCUGUUGUAUCAGUGGCUGGAGAAUUGGAAGCUGAAAAUUACCACGAUAUGGAAAGAAUCAAUGCCAGAAAAGAAAACGUUCUUAGACUAUGGAAUUACUUAUUGGAAUUGCUUAAAGCACGUAGAAUUCGUCUAGAUAUAUCACUUCAACUACAACAGAACUUCCAAGAAAUGCUACAUAUUCUAGAUGCCAUGGAGGAAUUGAAACAACGUCUCCUUACUGACGAUUACGGCAAACAUCUGAUGGGCGUGGAAGACUUACUUCAAAAGCACAAUCUACUUGAAGCUGACAUUAACAUUCUCGGCGACAGAGUAAAAGCAGUCGCUAGUCAGUCACAGAGAUUCGUCGAUAUUGAAAACGAAGAAGGAUAUAGACCAUGCGAUCCUGCCUUAGUAUUAGAACGUGUCCAACAAUUAGAAGAAGCUUACGCUCAGUUAGUAAGACUUGCCGUUGAAAGAAGAACCCGCCUUGAAGAAAGCAAGAAAUUGUGGCAGUUCUAUUGGGAUAUGGCUGAUGAAGAUAACUGGAUUAAAGAAAAAGAACAAAUUGUUUCUACAUCAGAUAUUGGUCACGACCUUACCACAGUCAACCUACUGCUUAGCAAACAUAAGAUCCUUGAAAACGAACUAUCUUCUCAUGAGUCGCAGUUAGAGGCGGCCCUCGGGGUUGGUGAAGAACUCAUCAACGGAGGCCACUUUGGUGCGGAAAAGAUCCAAGAAAGGCUAAAUGAAAUCCGUGACGCAUGGAAGCACCUUCUAGAUUUAGCAGCCUACCGUAGAAAGCGAUUAGAAGAAGCUGUAGACUACCACCAACUGUUCGCUGAUGCUGAUGAUAUUGAUAUUUGGAUGUUAGAUACCUUAAGACUGGUAUCUAGUGAAGACGUUGGACAAAAUGAGGGUAACGCACAAUCUCUGCUCAAGAAACACAAGGAUGUUACCGAAGAACUUAAGAACUAUGUUAGUGUCAUUGACGCCCUUCACCAACAAGCAGAAGCUUUGGGACCAGAAGUAGCUAAUUCACCAGAAGUCAAUAAAAGACUUGCUUCCAUCGAUAACCGAUACAAAGAAUUAUUGGAAUUGGCCAAACUUAGAAAGCAACGCUUGCUUGAUGCUCUUUCGCUAUACAAACUUCUUUCAGAAAGUGAUGGAGUUGAGCAAUGGAUCAACGAAAAGGAUCGUAUGUUACAAACGAUGAUUCCUGCUAGAGAUAUUGAAGAUGUUGAAAUUAUGAAACAUCGUUAUGACGGCUUCGAGAAAGAAAUGAACAGUAAUGCUUCCCGCGUAGCUGUAGUCAACCAAUUAGCACGUCAAUUAUUGCACGUUGAGCAUCCUAAUUCAGAAGAAAUCACUGCCAGGCAAAAUCACCUUAACCAGAAAUGGGCUGAAUUACGAGAAAAAGCUGAAGCUAAAAAAGAAGAACUUAACUCUGCUCAUGGCGUUCAAACCUUCCACAUCGAAUGCCGCGAAACUACUACUUGGAUUGAAGACAAAGUUAGAAUAUUACAAACAACAGACAGUUUGGAGAUGGAUCUUACAGGUAUUAUGACUCUUCAACGUCGUCUCUCAGGAAUGGAACGAGAUUUGGCAGCUAUUCAAGCUAAACUCACUGCUCUUCAAAAAGAAGCUGAUAGUAUCGCUGAUGAACAUCCCGAAGAAGCAGCUGUUAUUAGAGAACGUAUUACACAAAUUCAGGUCAUUUGGGAGACGUUGACUCAAAUGUUGAAAGAAAGAGACUCUAAACUCGAAGAAGCUGGUGAUCUCCACAGAUUCCUUCGUGAUUUGGAUCACUUCCAAGCCUGGCUUAGCAAAACUCAAACAGAUAUCGCCUCUGAAGAUACUCCAAGCUCUCUUUCCGAUGCCGAGAAACUACUCUCUCAACACCAAGCUAUUAGAGAAGAGAUUGACAACUACACACCUGAUUACACAAAGAUGAUGGAGUAUGGAGAGAGAAUUACGGCAGAGCCAAGUACUCAAGACGAUCCACAGUAUAUGUUCUUGAGGGAACGUCUAAAGGCGCUGAAAGAUGGAUGGGACGAAAUUCAUCAAAUGUGGGAGAACAGACAGCAGCUCCUUUCUCAAUCACUCAGUUUGCAAUUACUCGACAGAGAUGCCAGACAAGCAGAAGUUAUCCUCAACCAACAAGAACACACUUUGGCGAAAGAUGAGAGUCCAACAACUCUUGAACAAGCUGAGAACUCACUUAAACGCCAUGAAGCAUUCCUCGCUACCAUGGAAGCUAAUGAUGACAAAAUCAAUGGCGUUGUAGAAUUCUCAAGAAGAUUGGGCGAUGAAGGGCACUUCGCUGGAGAUAAAAUCACUAAAAGAGCUGACAAUAUCGAUGAACGUAGAAUGGCCAACAGAGAGAAAGCUCAGGCACUCCUGGAAAGACUUAGAGAUCAAUUGGAGCUACAGCAGUUCUUACGAGAUUGCGAUGAAUUGGGCGAAUGGAUUCAAGAAAAACACAUCACAGCUCAAGACGAAACCUACAGAUCAGCCAAGACUGUUCACUCUAAAUGGACAAGGCAUCAAGCUUUCGAAGCCGAGAUUGGUGCUAACAAAGAACGCCUUCACAACCUCCAGAAGGCCGCCGAAGAAUUGGCUAAAGAGAAACCAGAAUAUGCUAGUCACAUUCAACCAAAGAUCGAAGAUAUGGUAGAUCAGUUCGAUGUUUUGGAGCAAACGACGAAAGAGAAGGGCGAACGCCUGUUUGACGCUAACCGCGAAGUACUUAUCCACCAAACUUGCGACGAUAUCGACUCCUGGAUGAACGAUCUCGAAAAACAAAUCGAAAGUGACGACACUGGUGCCGAUCUGGCCUCCGUCAACAUUCUCAUGCAAAAACAACAGAUGAUCGAGACCCAAAUGGCCGUCAAAGCCCGCCAAGUUGGAGAACUCGAGAAACAAACCAAGCAUCUGGAGACCGCUGCUCCCGAAAAAGACAUGGAAGAAAUCAAAGUCAAGAAGAAGAAGGUGGAACAACGUUUCGCGCAACUCAAAGAACCGCUCAUCGAAAGACAGAGGGUGUUGGAAAAGAAGAAGGAAGCCUUACAGUUCAGGCGAGACGUCGAGGACGAACUUUUGUGGAUAGCCGAAAAGAUGCCUCAGGCUUUGUCUACAGAAUACGGAAACAGUCUUUUCCAGGUGCAUAUGUUAGAGAAGAAGAAUCAAUCGUUACAGACAGAAGUAGAUAAUCACGAACCUAGGAUCAACACAGUUUGUAAUAAUGGACAGAAACUAAUAGAUGAAGGCCAUGAAGACUCAGGCGAAUUUAGCAGACUAAUAAAUGAACUUCACAAAGCGUGGCAAGAACUCAAAGAUGCCAUCGAGAAACGCAGAGAAAACCUACUUAGAAACGAAAGAGCCCAACAAUACCUGUUCGACGCCAAUGAGGCCGAGAGCUGGAUGAGCGAACAAGAACUUUACAUGAUGGUGGAAGACCGAGGCAAAGACGAAACGUCGGCGCGCAACUGCAUGAAGAAACACGAAAGCCUCGAAGCUGCAGUCGAAGCUUACGCGGAUACGAUCAGAUCUCUUGGAGAAACUGUACGAGCUUUAGCUGCCGAAGGUCACCCGCUGGCUGAGCAAGUAGCUGUCAAACAGUCACAGUUAGACAAGUUGUACGCCGGCCUCAAGGAUUUGGCGGGAGAAAGGAGAGCCAAACUAGACGAAGCAUUACAAUUGUUCUUACUCAACAGAGAUGUAGGAGAUUUAGAGCAAUGGAUAGCAGAUAGAGAGGUAGUAGCGUCUUCCCACGAAUUAGGCCAAGACUACGAUCACGUAACUUUACUUUGGGAACGCUUUAAGGAGUUCGCACAUGACACUGAAGCAAUAGGAAGCGAGAGAGUCGCUGCAGUUAAUGAUGUCGCCGAUCAGUUAAUAGCUGCAGGUCAUUCGGAUUCUGCAUUGAUAGCAGAAUGGAAGGAUGGUUUGAACGAAGCUUGGCAAGAUCUACUCGAGUUGAUCGAAACUAGGACACAGAUGUUGGCUGCAUCUAGAGAAUUACACAAGUUCUUCCAUGAUUGCAAGGAUGUACUGAGCAGAAUAGUGGAAAAACAGGUAUCCAUGUCUGAUGAAUUGGGAAGGGACGCAGGAGCUGUCAAUGCCCUUCAACGCAAACACCAGAACUUCCUCCAAGACCUACAAACACUCCAAUCGAACGUCCAACAAAUCCAAGAAGAAUCAGCUAAACUUCAAGCUAGCUAUGCCGGUGAUAGAGCUAAAGAAAUCACCAACAGGGAGCAGGAAGUGGUAGCAGCCUGGGCAGCCUUGCAGAUCGCUUGCGAUCAGAGACACGGAAAAUUGAGCGAUACUGGUGAUCUAUUCAAAUUCUUUAACUUGGUACGAACGUUGAUGCAGUGGAUGGACGAAUGGACGCGGCAGAUGAACACCAGCGAGAAACCAAGAGAUGUUAGUGGUGUUGAAUUGUUGAUGAACAACCAUCAGACACUCAAGGCUGAGAUCGAAGCCAGAGAAGACAACUUUACGGCUUGUAUUUCUUUAGGAAAGGAAUUGUUGAGCCGUAAUCACUAUGCUAGUGCUGAUAUUAAGGAUAAAUUGGUCGCGUUGACGAAUCAAAGGAAUGCUGUACUACAGAGGUGGGAAGAAAGAUGGGAGAACUUGCAACUCAUCCUCGAGGUAUACCAAUUCGCCAGAGAUGCGGCCGUCGCCGAAGCAUGGUUGAUCGCACAAGAACCUUACUUGAUGAGCCAAGAACUAGGACACACCAUUGACGACGUUGAAAACUUGAUAAAGAAACACGAAGCGUUCGAAAAAUCGGCAGCGGCGCAAGAAGAGAGAUUCAGUGCUUUGGAGAGACUGACGACGUUAGAAACUGGUGGAGGUUCGUUAAAACAUAAUACAGCACCGUUGCAUGUAGAUUUAGUUUGCAAUUUUUGUUAUGUUCCUCCUCAAUGUACUAAUCCCUCGCCCAUUCCUGUACGCAACAUGAGCGUUGCCUACACCCGCGAAACCGUCAAUAGCAUCGUUAGAGAUGUGGAUAGGUUUUAUAAACCUUUUAUGCCGUGCAGAAGAAACUUCACGUUCCAUGGAGUUAAUAAGUAUUAUCCGGAAUGUCAGAAGAAAUCGAAACAACACAGUUUCUUGCAUAAGGCUAAUCGUUCGGUUGUGGAAAAACGUCCAGUUAGGACGGAAAGUAGUUUAGAAUCAAGUGUAGCUAUUAAACCAGUAUUUAUGAAAAGUAUAUCUAUGUACGAAAGUGACUAUAAUACAUACAACUACACUCCGUACAAUACAGCCGAUUACAAGAGCAUGAAGUAUAUCUGCCACGACUUGAUAAUGGCAGAAAGAUACGCUUACUAUGUUCAAAAUAACAUUCCUUUGAACAAAAGUAAUAGAGAUAGCGUAAAUAUGGACAUAUAUGCGAUGAAUUUAUCGAGUAAAGUAAAAAGAAGAGCGGAGAAAAUAGGAAUGGGUAGAGAUAAGUCUUAUAGAAAAUCUUUUCCGUUGAUGGCAGCCAAAGGUGAUACGUUCGAAUUGAGAGAAAUAAAGAGGAAACAAGAAGCUGCCCAGGCCGAAGAACGCGCUAGACAAGAAAAGGAAGAAGCUGAACGGUUGGCAGCAAUCGCUGCCUCGCAACCUAAAGAAAUCGAAACAAUGGUAACUGACAGACCAGAUGCUGGAUCCCCUGCUGCUGAAGAGAGACCAGUGCAUGAAGAACGGCAUACAAGACCUCAGACUUUGCCCUCUACGCCUGUGCAAACGACACCGAAGUCAGGUACCACUCCUCGUUCACAAACACUAUCGAGAGCGGAAGAAAAAGCCCGACGCAAAGAUCGCUCUCGCAGCAAAUCUCCAUUCAGGAGUUUCCGUUGGAAAAAGAGCUCUAAAGCCUCUGGAACUCACAGCGACGAUGAAGGUGUUCUGUCAUCGCCAUCGCAAGACCCAAGCAGCGUAGGAGAUGACGAACUAGUCGAAGGAACUUUGGUGCGCAAGCACGAAUGGGAGAACACCACAACGAAAGCCAGCAACCGUUCCUGGGACAAGGUAUACUGCGUCGUGAAAGGAACCCAAUUGGCGUUCUACAAGGACGCGAAGACGGCAAAAUCAACACCGGACCAGAGGUUUAAGGGUGAACCACCAUUGUCACUGAGAAAAGCCGUCGCUAAUGUUGCGCAAGAUUAUAAGAAAAAGAAAUUCGUGUUUAGGCUGAAAUUGGAAAGCGGUGGCGAAUUCCUCUUCCAAUCACAGAACGACACAGAGAUGAACACGUGGAUUUCAAAAAUAAAUUCUCACGCAGACACCGAAUCUGCCGGUCCUUCUCGCUCACAUACAUUACCCGCAUCUGGGCAGAAGGAGGAUUCCAAACGUCGCAGCUUCUUUACUUUAAAGAAAACAUAAAUUUCUACUUCUACUCUUGAUCAUACCUGUAUCUUUACGCUUUACCUGAGAGGACUCCUGUCCAGACUUCGCCCUUCUUUUUUUAUAUUAGCAUAAAUAUUUAAUAUAUUUUUCUUGUAGUUUGCACAUUAUAUUAUUAAAUAGUAAUUUUAAAUGUAUAGUAAUAUAUUAUACUAUGUGAUUAAAAAUUUACUUGACUGGGGCACAAAACUACCAACCUCAGCGAGAGCCAGUGUUGUAUUAUUUAUUAAAAAACUAUUUGGAUAUAUACAUAGUUGAAGAAUAAGAAGAAAAUAAUAAAAUGUACGAUGUAAAGUCCCAGCAUAACCGUAUUACAGUUAACUGUUCGGCAGUUUUUCGUCUGCCCUGUUCCCUUUUUCAUUUUUACGUUUGAUGUAACUAAAUCUAAACCCGUUAUUUUUAAGUUGCAAUAUAUUUUAAGCUUUGCUUAGCAAAGGUCGACGGUCGGUGACAAGUCAUUUAUUAUAUUUCAAUAUUAUUUGUAGAGUUAUUUCUAUUUUACAUAAAUGAACUGUGUGCUUUUAAAAAUGGAGUUAUAAUAAAUAUUGUUUUUAGUA